AUGCUGAGGUUACUGAUCAUCUGGGCUGCGAUCUUGGGCUGCUGCCAUGGGCAGUCCGAAGUGUCCCGGAGGAACAGCCGCCUGAAGGUGAUGUCACCGCCGGAGCUCGAGGCCACAUACGACUUUGCCAUUGCCGACUUCGGUUUCCCGCAUCACGGUGGCUCCAUGACUGGCGUGGUGGUGUACCCAAGACACAACGGGCAGGCUUGCGGCGACUUCGAUGAAUAUGGCAUCUCUCUCCGUUCUCGCCGAGCUGGCGCACUUCCUGUUUUCUUGCUCGUCGACAGAGGAGAGUGUUUCUUCGCAACCAAGGUGAGGAAUGGGCAGAAAGCCGGAGCAGCAGCAGUUCUUGUUGCUGAUACAAAACUUGAGCCAUUAUUUGCAAUAGAAGGAGCAGAAAGCAGAAGCGCAAGCAAAACAGAUGCUUUAGAGGAUAUCACCAUUCCUUCGGCACUAAUAACCAAAAACCUGGGGGACAGUCUCAAGAAAGCAAUGGAUAAUGGCGACUUGGUUAAUGUUAACUUGGACUGGGGGGAGUCCCGACCGUACCCUAAUGAGCGUGCUGAGUAUGAAUUUUGGACAAAUAGUAUUGAUGAAUGUGGUCCAAAAUGCGAUAACCAGGUUGAUUUCCUGAAGAGAUUCAAAGGUGUAGCGCAAACACUCGAGAAGAAGGGCUACACGCAGUUCACUCCUCAUUACAUUACUUGGUAUUGCCCAGAGAACUUUGUCUUAAGCAAGCAGUGCAAGUCCCAAUGUAUCAACCAUGGGAGGUAUUGUGCACCAGACCCGGAACAAGGUUCCAGCAAAGGGUACAAUGGGAGAGAUGUGGUGAUUCAAAAUUUAUAUCAAAUUUGUGUGUUCAAAGUUUCAAAGAAGACUGGGAAGCCUUGGUUAUGGUGGGACUAUGUGACUCAUUUUUCUAUUAUGUGCCCAAUGAAGAAAAAGAUGUACACUCAUGAAUGUGCUUCCGGAGUAAUCAGAUCACUUGGCCUUAGUCAAAAAGCAGUUGAGAUGUGUGUUGGUGAUCCUGACAUGGACGAGGAUCAUCCUGUGCUAAAAGAUGAGCAAGAUGCACAGAUUGGCAAGGGUUCUCACAGUGAUGUUACUAUGUUACCAACACUUGUAAUCAACAAUAGACAAUACAGAGGGAAACUUGAAAAAGGAGCAGUUCUUAGAGCUCUCUGCGCCAGCUUUCGAGAAAAUAGUGAACCAUCUAUUUGCUCAAAUGAAGACAUACAAACCAAUCAAUGCUUGGACAACAAUGGUGGUUGCUGGCAAGAUAUGGCUGCUAACGUGACUGCAUGCAAGGACACCUCCACUGGAACAAUUUGUGAAUGUCCAGUUUUUCAAGGUGUGAAGUACAUUGGUGAUGGUUACAACCACUGUGAAGCUCGCAUGGAUGUCCAGCGAGGGACCAACAGUCAAGACCGGCCUCGGCAGAUCAAGAACCAUGAGACCAAAAAAACAAAGAUAGAGGUUGCCCACGAGGUCAUUUACAACCUCUUUUUAGGCAUACAGAAGUUGGCACACAAGGUGUUCUAG